UACCUGCGGCUGACGACGUUCAAAAGUUAACCGGAGUCAAACCGCGGCCAUGUUGCUGCUCUCAUAGUAGUACCAACUAUCCGUCGUACGUGUAGUACCUACCACACAAUCGCGUCCUAAUUGCAUUUAAAAAACGCCUUGUUUACUUAACAAACGUGGCGUUAUUCAGUGUAGUACUGUUCAGUGUAAACCGGUGACAGUUUCAAGUGGUACCGACCCAAAACAAAAGCCCAUAAACCGCAUACAAAACGUUUAGUAUGCAAAAUCGCGCGCGGUAGAUUUCAGAAAUCGUACUACUUUAUGUGUGACCCACAUAAACGCGAAAAGGUAUUUACAUAGUACCCAGGGCAGUACGUUUAUUUCGUGGGUCAUGGUGACUCGUCUAACAUGUCCACGAAAAAUACGAAGCCGUUUUUGAGCGCGAAAUCUAGCACUGGCGAAGUUGUACAGAGUAAUAGUGGCACGGUGGUACCGCCCAGGUAUCAACCCCCGCCUAUAGUUCAACAUCAGGCUAGUACUGGGAUCCUGAAGCAUACCAAGGAUGCCGUUAAGCAAAAUUUAGGUGUAUUGAAUCCGGGAAAGUAUUAUCCGGUACCGCCGCAGGGUCAGAAAGGGUACUAUCCGAAUCAGUACCCGAGUCACCCGGUGCCUAACGAGCAUACGAGGGUAACGCAGGUGCAGGUGCAUCAGGCUGAUACCAGGAGUGGAGCUCCUAGGCCCUUGGAUGAGCCUGGAAUUCCUCAAGUUAACCCGAACGACCUCAGAACAGUUCCGGUAGGUCUACCUCCUCCGGUACUACCACAGAACCAACAGGAAGUGAGGUCGCAUCGGCCUUUAGUAAGGUACGAAGACGAGUUUUUGAGACCUGACAUGUUGAAGUUUGUGAGGAAACCUGAUGAUCCCAGGAUUAUGCCUACAGCUGCUCCAGAUCAAAAUAGGCAUAUGCAAAGCCUUCUCCUAGACCUACGGGCUCUCAAAGAACAAAACCAACAUUUAGCAGACGACAACCAGGAGCUGAGAGAUCUCUGUUGCUUCCUCGACGAUGACCGACAAAAGGGUCGUAAGCUGGCCAGAGAAUGGCAAAGAUUCGGCAGGUAUACCGCCAGUGUUAUGAGACAAGAGGUCAGCGCAUACCAAAGCAAACUAAGAGAACUCGACAACAAACAGCAAGAACUGAUUAAAGAUAAUUUGGAGUUAAAAGAGUUGUGCCUCUAUUUGGACGAGGAGAGGGGUAACGCGAUAUGCCCUUCCUGCGGUAGCAGUACCACCACGACUAACUUGAGAGAUGAUGGGGAUGGUUCUAGUAGCAGCACGAACGCUGACGAGCCGGCAGUACCACAGCAAUUUAGUAAUAAUACACCUAGGAGGAGUGCUAGUAGGGAAAGGUUGUUGCACGAGAACUUAGCGAGACAAAGAAGUACUUUUAAUGACCAAAUCAUGCAGUACGUAAGAAGCCUUGAGACUAGAGUAAAACAACUAGAAGAGGACAAGCGAUCACUAACACACAAAAUAAACCAAAUUGCCACAACUACUGGAGAUCCCAGUAUAGCAAUACCUGCGGAUCCUCCAGUUGGAGGACUUGGAGGUCGACCUGAGGCGGUUGUACGAGCUCUACAGGUUCUUGAAGUGAGAGAACAACUUGAGAGAGAAGGAAGACCGCUGGAUAGAUGCGAACCCGGAUCGGAAGGACCAGCGCCUGUCCAGGACAUGGACGAUGGUCAGAAGGCUCUUUUAUGGGAGAUGUGUAAUGUGGUAUGGAGAAAACUAGAGGAAGGACCUCCCGCUACAGCUAGACGAUAGUUAAUUUAAACAGAUAUCAAUUCUUGCCACAAAUUUGAAGUCAUGUUUUCUCCUGUAUAUUUUAUUAUUAUUUAUUUAUGUGUAGGUAUUUACCUUAAGACAUUUAAUAGAGAUAAGUACAAAAAAUUUGACAAACGGUUUUUACAUAAUUUCUCAAUAUAUGUAUGAAAAGGACACUUAGCUUUAAACUAUUUUAUGUGUUUUAGUAUAAUUGUUUUUUGUAAUAUGUAGGUACCAAAAGUAUUUUCUACUUUUGAGAUGUUUAUGUAUUUAUUUUUUAAAUUGUUGCCCUGUUCUAUAUCUUGUUUUUUAUUAUUUUUUCUGUGUAUAAAAUAAAUAAAAUUUUAUAUUUCCCAAA